AUGGCUUCUCGUUUAUUGCGUUAUGUUCGCACUAAGGAGUUUAGAGACUAUCUCAUGAGGUUAGUCUUGAUCUUUUGUCACUUUUAUUUAUUUAGCACGGUAAGUAGGGAGUCUGUUGCCGUUAACUGACCGCAUAUACAAAAUGUAGGUCCUUUCUGUUAAAUAUCCUUUGUACCCAAGGUUUUACGGACUUUCUUAAAAGUAUUAUUUUAGUUUUUUUUCGAACUAACUGAUUUACCAUGCAUUUUCGGCAAUUGUAAACGUUAGUUUUAUAAUUUAUCUUAUCUGAGCUCGUAUUUUUUGAUUUUUAUGGAGUAUUCCCUCCUGCUCCCUAUGCUUUCCUUUCGUUUGCCCCCUAGUAUUUGAUAUUUUACCGAACAGAUUUGGUUUAUUUUAAGCUAAGGGAUUUUUCAGGAAACUUGUGGAACUUUGCGUCACUACAAGCUCCUUGACUGUGGCUAAACUUAAAAUUGCGCCGUUUUCAAUUUCGGGUUCUGUCGGAAAAGUGUAAUUAACGUUGGCUUUCUCUGUUAUAAACGUAGUUUUUUGUUUUGAAAAUGAUUCUACCUUAGGAGUUACGACCUAGCGACCCCUCACUCAUUUUCCCCACACCCCUCCACUACCCAUAUCUCCCAGGCAUUAGAUAGUGGUUCUGAGAUUGAUUUUGUCUUGAAAAUCUACUUAUGCUUCUGGCCUCUCGGGUUGUAAAUCUACGUAACAAGGCUGGGCGUUAUUUACGCACGCCGUGCUAUCGUUUUACCGCUGCGCGGGUUUGUAGUCCAAGAAAAUUCCAACCGUUCGCUAUGCGGUCUGGUAUUCAGCAGGACUGGAUUCUGUCUUCCCCCCCGUCGAAUGCGUCAUUGAAUUAUCGGAAGGUUCCCAUGCAGUUUUUGUCGUGUCGAGUUUUCCCUUGGUUACCAGCUGACGGGUGUCGACUGCGUCGAUAUUAUCCCCAAAAGCGUCGCGCAACAUUCGCAUGCGUUGCAGUAUCCAGGAUAGUCGAGGUCCCUUAAUCACUGUUUGUCUAUGAACGCUAGGUUGACUAGUGUUUUCGAGCUGAAUUUCCCACCCGAAAAAGGCGUUCUUCAUAAUUAAUAGCUGUAUGCAUGAAAAAGUGAGUAUUUUCUCAUAUCUCAGGGGUGAAGUUGCUGCCAGAUGGACAGGACAAGAAUGAUAUGGUCACCCGAGUCGAUGCUUUUUGCGGAGUUUCAUUGUCUAAGGGCUCAGUUAUCGUACUAAAUACAUGGAAUUUAAGUUUUAUCUUCAAAGUGAUAAACCAUGGAGUGAGCAAACACAGGAUACAUCCCAUAACCAAUGUGGUUAUGCGACUUCUCGCUUGGGCUCUAUGAACCGUCAGCGCAAAACAGGACCACUAGGUUAUCUCUGGUUUUAGUCAACACACCCAACAAUUAGCGUAGCAUUAUUGAUCAAAUCCAUACAGUUUCCGGGUCGGUACUUCGCUUGCGCUAAAUGUAAUGAAGGCCAAUGUUACCUGUGUGGGCUUUGUUGUUUAAUAAUUUUGAACAAUUGUUGUUGCGCUGCACAAUUUUGAGAUCUUAAUAGUGGCCCGGAUUACUUGAGCCGAAUAUUACUAUAAACUAGAGAAACAGGUCUCCCUCUGCUUGAGAUCGGCCCACUUUUUUCCAAAUAGAACACUCGCCGGACACGUCACAUGUUGCCCUGACUACUUGUGUGGUUGCUGAGAGAAGUCGGACUGCUCUUCAGGGGUGUUUGUUUUACAUUUCGGGAUUACAUAUAUGUAAUGGCUAGUAUACUAGCCAUUAAAAAAGUUUGAUUGUCCUAUAUAGUAUGGGGGACGUUUUCUGCAAAGUCGAUUGUCUCAGGUUAUAUCGAGAGACCUGCCUAUUUCCUCUUGGAUAUGAAAACAAGUUUGCUCGUACAGAGGGUCAUUUUUCACCCAAGUGCACUUGACAUGAGAAUUUUCCCACUUUUCCAGAAAACACGUGCUUUGUUAGUCCUGUUCUCAUGUCAAGUUACUAUUCUGACUUCUUUAGUUUGAUUUUUGUGAGCUGGAAAAAUUGACUUCGAUCCUCUUGGACCAUUGCCUGUUCAAUCAAUUCUUCCUUCCCAUUAGAGUUACCUUCUAGGCAGACAUGGGACCGUAACGCUCAUCUAGUUUAUAGGGUUCGAUUUUUAGUCCACUGUACCUUUAUGCAAGUUUUCGGUGUUUCUUAUUCUGGCGUAAACAGUUAUCAUCUUAAUAUUCGUCAGAAAUGAUCAUUAGCAAUUAAUAUCGGACCGUUUGUUUUCUUCCAGGCAGAUGAUGAAGAACUAAGCUACGGUUUACGAACUUAUUACCGAAAACAAAAGUCUCUUCAACGUAAAACGUUGACUAACUUUAGGUGUAUCCUGUCGCUUCAUCUCAGUACUUCUCUGUCCAUACUUAGAGAUAUUCUUCCGGAUUUUCCGCGAAGAAUCUUCUCUGAGGCCAUCUCCCACCCUAAGUUAAGGAUAUGAAAUCGCAGAAACUUGGCAUGACUUGUAUGCUGUCCGAGGCGUAGACCACUUAACCUGUAAAGUGAUCUCUUUUUUUAUCAGGAUUGACUGGUCUGGUCUCAGCCUUUAACUUCCAAGGCAACCGAAAUGCGAAUCAAAAUAACGAAUAUUUUCACAUAGAAAUAGGUUCACACCCACUCGUUUUGUUUUCCAUAUGAAACGAGCUUUGACCUAGAUAGUGGAAGUCACGAACAGACAACGCCCUACCAGACCGCUAAGCCACGAACCGAACGAGGACAGACCUGGACUGGCAAAGACGCUGAGAGAUUGAGACGGCGGCUUUUUCGGAAUUAUUCCUAUCCUAUUUAGCCAACCAUAUCCCAAUCAACAACCUCAACCCAAAACACAUAUAUACACACACAGCGCACAGAGGGUCCAUAGAUUGUUCAACCAAUGAAUUUCCGGGACCUUCGGAUCGAAGUUCGUUGGCGUUUUCAGUCUCUAUUGAGAUUGGUAGGACAUUUAGUUACAUAGGGACAGACAGGCGCCCACUCGUUGGUUUGGCUUCUCAGAGCAAGCAGACUCCAGAUGGACCGCGAUGUGUAGGUGAACUUCGGCUUGAUGAUGCUGACGAGCUAGUACGUGGAUUAUCUGCAUGAUGCGGAUGCAUAUAUCUAUUUCUGCGAUCGAGAAUGUUGUUUUUCUGGGUGUGUUAAUUAAAGACAUUAAUGGCCCCCAAAAGGCUUUUGCCUCUGUCAUAUCACUUCUUUGUUGGUCUGCUUCUGUUGACAAAGGUUUUGCAGUAGUUGUCGAGACGACAAUGCUUGUUUGGAAAAACCAGAAAAUCUGUCAACCGUUUUCCGUUGUGAUCCUACUCUCUGUAAGUAUACAGUUGUGCAUAAAGUGACGCAUUCCACCCCCGACAGUUUCCAGAUUAAAAACCAAAUUUGGUGUAGUAGGUGGUUUGAAAUGUCCCUGGAUAGCAGUUGCCAGGGCUGCUGUCCUCUGGUGUUAAGGAGAUUAUCGGCCAGGUUGAUGUCCAGGACCGUCCGGGUUCCUCUAAGAAAUAACCACACACCGAGGGGCGCACCAUUGGGACAUCACAGUAGCCACAUCUUAUCUAAAACUGAGACCCAACACUCAAACAAAACAUGUUUGGAUUAUUGUGCAAGCCCUCUUGUGGAGUUCAAAUUUAUCGUCACAAUAACAUGGAUAUUGGUUACUCUUCGAUAUUAUCCGCGCUCUUCGCGUGAGUUCUGUCGUAACCAUUGGCAUCUGUCAAUGCGAUGACCUCGUGGCUGAGUUUGGAGUGUGCAACGCCUCCCCCAGUCGGUAUUGCUGCAUGAAUUAGAAGAUUAGACUUAGCAGUCAUUUCUCUACAAAAAAAUCACUUUCACGAUCCCAUUUAACCGCGUAAACUGUGCAGAUUUCGCUGGCACGUGUUUUUUUAGACCGCGAACCAGUCGUUUAGAAGUUUUUUCAGUCAGCGUUAAUUCGGGAACUCUGUCUCUUCUCAUGCCACAUCAGUUACCCUUACUUGUCAGUUGCUUACUUUAGUCUACGAAGGCAGUAAUGAAAGUUGUCCCCAGAAAUGUUAUUGGUUUCGUGUCGGCGCGCUCUUUAUUCUUCCUAUCUUCCUCUGACUUAAAACUUUCCUAAUGGGCGAGCACUUCGACGAUGGGCCAAUUCAACUAGCCACUCAUCUCGAGUUCCCCCUGAUGUGGCCUUCAUAUUUGGCGGCUCCAGUCGACAUGCUUGCUCUCAGUCACACACGGGAGUCCACUUAUGCUCACGCAUUUUCUUUCAUGUUUGUGUGUACAUCGUAACCCCACCUUUGAACGAAACGAUUCACUGUUAGAUCACUCGUUGCUAUCUGAAAUCCCUAUUCGAGUGUAACCUUAAUUCCGGAAAAAUCGAAGUUACAAUUAUAGGAACGCUUUCAGUUUACUCUUUGACAACGACAAUUGUCUGAGGGGCGUGUACCGAUCGGGUUACAGGACCUGCUCAUCCCGUUGUGUCUUGAGGUCCAUUGUAGGCCUCCCUUGUCUUCGUCGGUAUUCUCCUUCUGUACUUACUAUUAGUCUCUGUGCUAGUGCCUGCGGGAGUUCUACAGUGAGCCUCAAGGCACAAGACGGCGAGCAGGUCCCGUAACCCGAUUCGGCGAACUCACCUCCGACGCAGUUGAUAUUCUCAAUCGCAACCGACAGGACAACGGCCCUGGGGCUGUAUGUCGAAAAUUGUAUCGUUUACAUGGCGCAACCACAAUUUUCGUCUAAACUACCGAAGGGCUGUGAAUGCUAAUUUCGAUAUUAUGGUGUUUUUUGAUAAAAGUGGGUCUAGGCGAACCCAUAAGGGCGCCUUUUAAUUCGUUGCACCUUCUAGGCAGAGUUUGAAACUAGAGCAUAGUUUCUACAGGACUCUUCGUGUUAUGACCUCGGUAAGGUUCCUCAGGGCAUCACUAUAAUAACACUGUAAAAACACUUAUGGUCAUCUUUAUCCCCCUCCGUAAACCCGGUUUAGGAUUAGGCGGUCGCCAUAAGUGUUUCCGACCGAAAAGAGUGGUUCAGAUGUAACAAAAAACAGAUUAUCUCACCUAGUGCCGUCAUAGCUCCUUGUAUUUUGUCAAAAACCUGUAUUGAAUGUUUACUCGAGGUUGCGAGGCUCGUGGUAAUUGGAUAAAGUUGGUCUAAUCUCAACUUAUCAAUUCUUCGACUACGCAAAUAAAUUUAAGAAACAAUUGGUCACAACGGGACAUCCCUGUGUUUAGACUUGAAGGUAUCUGUAAAUCACUUCACUUGUUUCGGCGACUUGAAGGCAUCUUUUUACUUGCAAUUUGCUGUCUGCAAACGCCUCGUUCUUCAUAACCGAUGAGAUCCGUGCUUUGACUGAAUCCACAGCAUGGUUUAUAUUUCCAGUGUAGUCCGUUUUGUUCAGAAUUCCUGGGAAGCACGCGUUGCCAGCGGCGCGAAGAAUAUCGCGUUGAGGCUAUCAGAACAUCAUCUAGACCAAUAAGUUAUUAUACCAUCAGCUGAAUACGUGACGUUAUCGCAUUAAUUUACGCGUCCGCUUUCCCGUUCCCGUGUGACGCUUCCUUCUAUGUGCCCUUGAUGACAAAUGUCGCCACCAUAAAAGGGACAGAACUACUUCGUUUUGUGACUAGCUGACGAUUUCAAGCAAGUGGGAAUCACCAGCGAUUGUUGCCUAAUCGGUGGCGUCGUUUUGACAAACGUAUGCGUCUGUCAACUUCAUAACAGCAAUGUAACUGUUAACAAACCCCCACUACAAUCGCAGCUUCACGCGCACCAUCAUAUUGUCAAUAUCUCCUAAAUCAAGCCCGUGUCUGUCUGAAAGGGCGCAAAAAUGAGUCUUCCCGAGUUCACAAGAACGUACGUUUGUGUUUGUACCAGAACCAUUGUUUAUAUUCGAUCUUUACUGUUACAGCACUUUUGGGGCCCUGUGGCCAACUGGGGGCUCCCAUUAGCAGCCCUCGGCGACCUGAAGAAGAAUCCGGAGCUCAUCAGCGGCAAGAUGACUUUUGGUAGGCUCUCAUUUCGUCAACAUAUUUGCCCCUUACUUGAUCAGCCCUUAUUUGCUAUUCAGCACUCUUCAUGCGCUUCGCGAUCCGAGUUCAGCCCCGCAACAUGCUUCUCUUUGCCUGUCACAUAACCAACGAGACAGCACAACUUGUCCAGGGUGCGAGGUUCAUCGACUUCUGGUAGGUUCUAUCCUGCCAACUUCCCCUUUCCAUAUUAUUACGAAACGUAACGUCUGUAAAUUUCGUCCUCUCCCCCUGCCCUGUUGUUUCAGGCACAUAAAGAGUGAAGACCAACGAGAGGAGGUACGGAAGCGCUUCCUAAUGGGACCCGCUGCGGAUGUAGUCAGUCAGUGA